CUUUGUGUGUCUAGCGCUAGAGCGCGCGAUCGAUUAAGUGGAUUGCUUAACGAAUUGCACAUGUGGUGCAAUCCCUAUGGUUCUCAGUAAGCCGAAGGUAUAAAACUAAAAAAGGCCAAUAAUGUGUUUUACUUACUUCAUGGAGCUACUGCACAGUCCAGUAAGCGGUAUCCGGCGGUUCCCAAAAAGUUGAGAUUGUCUGCCACCCUUCAAGUUUUGCAACCCUUCCCUUCCUCCACCAGGCCAGCACGGCAGCAGACAGAGCUUAAGUGCGUUUAACGUCAUGGCCGAAGCUUCUGCCCAACCAACUACUUGCUUCUCAGAGGACCUUUCCAAUGAACUGAAAGCCCUUCGAUCCAUCUUUACUGCAGAAGGAGAAAUCUCUGUGGAUGAUCUAGGGCCAGGAGGGGACUACUGCUUUGUGGUUCAGUUGAAGCCCAGGGACAUUGAUGUUGGGUUGCAGUUUUUAAUUCCGGAGUCGUAUCCCAAGACCAUUCCCAAGGUGGAGAUUCUGCCGGAGGAAGGAGAGACUUGUGAUCUCCACGAUGAUGAUCCAGGCCUGACCCAGCUUCUAGAGGUCAUGUAUCGCUCAGCCAAGGACUUUGUUGGGGAACCAAUGAUGUACAGUCUGCUUGAUGUGGCCAAGAACUGGCUGGAGGAAUCUUCUACUGGAGGGGGAGGCCAGGAAGGAGAUCUUAAGGAAGCAUCAGUCACAGAUGAUGUCACCGAGUCAAGGAUGAUCCCUGGUGACAAGAAAGCUGUAGAUGAUGAGGAUGAUGGAGAGUAUCAAAAGAAAGGCAAGGACAAGAAGAAGAAAACGAAGAAAUGUUAUGAUGAGGGGCUUGGUCCUGACAAGAAGCCUCGCAUGAAGACAGCUUCUGAGGUGAUCUCUCGCAUUCAGUGGGACAGACAGCUUCGCCAAGAGGACUUCAUUGUCGGUUACCUUGAUCGUUUCGUCGGCAUCGUCGAGAAACUGUUCACAGCUUUCAGCUGGGUGGACGUUGCAACUGUAGAUGAUUAUGAAACCCUGGCAAUACCUAGACACCGUAUCCAGUAUUUCAAGUACAAAGAUCAGAUUGUCUGGGACAAGACGCAACGACUGGAUGAUGUGUUUGGCUCAACAGGGAGCGGCAAGACAAUCUUGAGCACUGUGGAGAUGUUCUCCAAGGAGAAUAAGAGCGUAGAGGAGAAAGAAGCUAUUGAAGAAGCUGGACAUGAAGCAGUUGGAGAUGAAGAAACUGAGCCAUCCUUGGAGGUUGUUGCAACACCUUGGCAUCAGCCAAAAAAGAAAAACUUUAAUCAGCCUAAUUACUUUUUUGCUGUCCGCAUCACCGACCAUGUCAUCAGAAGGUGUAUAUCAAGAAUCCAGGAUGCGGUGUGUGAGAACAAUCCACUUCUUGAAGAUGCACUUAGUAAUCCAUCAACUCUUCAUGUCACCCUGUGCACACUGUGUCUUGACACACCGCAGCAGAAGGCACAAGCUGUGGACAUUCUAAAGUCCCUCCAGCAAGAGAUCUCCAGCAUGCUGUCACCAGUCACAAUGAUGCGGUUUCAGGGUCUGGCUCAGUUUCACCAACGUGUCUUAUACGCCGCUCCGGAUGAAGACUCCGUGCAUGCUCUCAGGAACCUCUCACAGACUAUUCUAUCUGCUUUGAGAGACUCGGGACUCCAUCUUGCUGGGAACCACUCCGAAUAUAAUCCUCACUUGACUUUGUUAAAGUUGAACAGAUCAGAAGCAUCCAACUCCCCAAUUUACCCAGAUUUAUACAAAAGGUUUCAAGACGCUUUCAUAGGUGUGCAGCCAAUCGAUGCUGUACAUUUGUGUUCAAUGGGGGAGCGGAGCAAUGAUGGUUUUUAUCAGUGCCUAGCAAGUAUGGAUGUUCAAUCAGAACAUUGAAUCAAAGCUGUAGAUUGUGUGCGAAUUGGGGCUACGGCUAUGGCUACAGCUGGAUCACCGCGACAAAAGUUAUUACGAAUCUGACCCUGCAAUCUCUGCAAAAUACAAAAUUUUAUGCUUUCUUUCAUUGUGCUGUGUACAAAUUGUGCCUGCAGGAAGUGAAGGAUCUGUGGUUAUUCUCUAGCUUUGGGUUUGAUUUGUGUGUGGAAGGUUAGGGGGAGGAUUUCCCAAUUAUAACAAUGACCAUCAACUAUUGACUGUAAAGAAUUUUUUUAUUUUAAAUUGCAUACAGCCAGUCGGCAUUAGUUUUUAAACAAGUUUAUAGAUUACCUCCAUUUUAUUUUGAGAAUUCUUCAUUUCGGUGUCAAAUUAUCCUUGAGAUUCUUAUCUACAUGUAUGUUGGGCUUUUUGUCUUAAGAGGGAUCGAUUUCACAAAACGGUUUGAAUCUGAAAUGCUAAGCGUGAUGUAACAAUGGCAAUGACUUACUGGAAACUCAUCUUAAGUUGAAUCUCAGUGUUUUGUGAAGUCAACUUGCGAUUUCACUUACUUUUCACUCCAUCAAAACCGCCGAAACUGGUUGUUUAAUCCAAAAUCCAUUGCAAUACUUUUGAUAACAUUUUCACUAUUAAUAUUUGUAACAAAUUUGCUCAUUGCAAAUGUUGUAAUUUUGCAAGUUACCUUAAAAGUAAAGAAAUUAAUUGCUUGAAGAAUUUGUAUUUGUGCUUAUAUAAGAGUAAUGCGGGUACAUGUAUCUGUUUUUAUAAAUAUG